AUUGGUAAAAUUGUCUCGAAAAAAACAUUCAUUAUGGCUGACUAAGAAAUUUUUAAGCGAAGUGUGUUAUAAGAAGUCUGUCAAACCAGAUACUGUUUUUUAUAUUUUCCAAGCUCAAAUGAUAUAUUCUUAUCUAUAAAAUAAAGAUGGGAGCCUGUAUUUGUAAACAAAAAUCAGGGAAUCGACGAUUAAAUAUAACAUCAACUGUUCCACCUUCAAUGGAAAACAGCUUUGCAGAAGGUCGAAUAAGAGUCCCAAAUAGCAGAGAAUCAAUUUUAAUUUUAGAAACUCUGAAACAAAUCAGACUUUUAGUGGAUAACGAACAAGAACCGCCAAGAUCAAUCUUAAUGUUGCACAAGAUUGCCGACAAAGAAUCUGGAUGGCUAUCAGUAAUGAUGGCUUUAAUAUCAUCAGUUCCAGCUGAUGAUCCACUCGGUCCUGCUGUUAUUAGUUUAUUGAUUGACGAAUGCGCCUUACCAACGAAGGCUACUAUUGAAAAGUUGUGUAAUAGGUUAAAGCUAAAUAGAUUAAUUGUUAAUAAAGAUCCGGAUAAACAUAGAAAUAUAUGUAUAGCUUUGGGAUGUUUAGCGGAAAAGAUGGCUGGACCAAACAGUAUACACCUACUUAACAAUCACGUCUUAAAUUACUUAAUAGAAUGUUUGAAUAUAAACAACUAUCCUUCGGUUAUACUAUUUGCUUUAAUAGCUUUGGAAAAAUUUGCUCAAACCAGUGAGAAUAAAGCUAAUAUAAUAAAAUAUUUGGAAUCUCUAAGUAACGGCCAUGGAGCUCCUAUCGAAAAGCUUGAGUCAUUCGUUAAUCAAAACAAAUAUAUGGAAAGACAAGUUCGCUUUUGCGCCAAUUGGUCUUUAGAUAAUUUAUUUCCAGUUGAAAAUCGACCAUAUUCCUAUGAAAAAGUUAAUACAAAUGGUAUAAAUGUUAUGCUCAAUGCAAAUGAUGUUUCCGAAUACUUGAAAAUAUCUUCUGACGGCUUAGAGGCAAGAUGCGACGCUUCUUCGUUUGAAAGCGUACGAUGUACGUUUAACGUUAAUAGUGGAUGCUGGUACUAUGAAGUAACAGUUGUUACGUCAGGCGUAAUGCAAAUUGGUUGGGCUACUAAGCAGAGUAAAUUUUUAAAUUAUGAAGGCUAUGGUAUUGGCGAUGAUGAAUAUUCAAUCUCUUACGAUGGCUGUCGUCAAUUAAUAUGGUAUAGAGCCGUAGCCGAGAAUCACCUUCAACCCGCUUGGAGGCCUGGAGAUGUCUUAGGUCUCUUAUUAGAUGUUGAUAAUCAAAGAGUUGUAUUCUCUCUAAAUGGUGUUCAGUUAUCCCCAUGUAAAAAGCUUUUUAGUUCUGCCACUUCCGGUUUUUUUGCUGCUGCAAGUUUUAUGUCCUUUCAACAGUGCAUUUUUAAUUUCGGGUCUACUCCGUUCAAAUAUCCACCUCCAAAUUGUCAUUUUCAAAAUUUUAAUGAUUUUGGUGUAUUAAGUAUCGAUGAAAAAACAAUUUUACCUAGAAAGAUAAAGUUAGCCAUGCUAAAGGAAGUGGAUAUAAAAGAAGAUUCCUGCACUAUUUGUUUCGAUAGAAAAGCAGAUACUAUUCUGUUGCCAUGCCGACAUACAGGAUUUUGUUCUGAAUGCGGAAAGAAACUAAGUAUUUGCCCUAUAUGUAGAGGAGAUAUAGAAGAGAGAGAAUUACUACACAGUCCCGAGAGGUGAUACAAAUCCGAAUCUACACUAUAAAGAAACAUGCUAAAAAGUAGAAAAAAAAUAGAUAUUUUAAUUUUUAAAAGUAGAAAGAGAUUUAUUGUAAAAGCACUCAUUUUGCAAGAAAGAAAGAGAGAGAGAGAGAGAGAAAAAGGACAAUAAUUAAAAAGUAUUGGAAAGAAUGAUUUAAGAAAAACAAAACAAAAAAUUAUCUGUUUUCUAUUUAACCUGCAGGUCAAACCUUUUUACUGUCUCUUAGAAUAAAUUUUUAUUUUUUCCCCCGAUCUCUUCCUUUUUU